AUGCCACUCGACGCCAAGGCAAUUUAUCCGCCGAAACUUGAUUUCUUCUCUUUCGCCAGUCGAAGGAGUGUCGUCCACAGCACCAAUGGUAUCGUGGCCUGCACGCAGCCUCUUGCCGCGGCGGCAGGCCAGAGGAUCCUUAGGGAGGGCGGAAAUGCAGCGGAUGCUGCUGUCGCAGUUGCUGCCGCAUUAAACGUCACCGAGCCUGCUUCCACGGGAAUUGGCGGUGACAUGUUUUGCCUCUUCUAUAAUGCCAAAACUAAAAAGAUCCACGCGCUUAAUGGCUCGGGCCGUUAUGCUGGGAAGGCCACCCUAGCCGAUAUCAGGAAAGAUCUAGGAUUGGCACCCAAUCAAGGAGGAAACAUUCCUAAGAAGAGCGCUCUCGCGGCGACGACCCCAGGUGCAGCAGCGGGAUGGGUCGAUACAGUCGAGAAGUUUGGCAGUGGAAAGCUCUCCCUUGAACAGAUCCUGAUGCCUGCCAUCGAGCUCGCUGAGGAAGGUUUUCCUGUGUCAGACAUCUCUUCCUACCAGUGGAAUGUUAGCGAGCAGUCUAUCCGUGACGCGUCUCCUAACUUUAGAGAGAUGCUCAAAGAUGACCCCAAGGCGAAGGAUGGAGUGAGAGCUCCUAAGCCAGGCGAAAUUAUGAAAAUUCCAACCCUUGCCCGAACGUUCAGGACGCUUGCAGCGGAGGGUAAGAAAGGUUUUUAUGAAGGCCGCAUCGCACAAGCGCUGGUGAAGGUGGUGCAGGAUCUUGGGGGCUACCUUACCUUGGAUGAUCUCAAAUAUCACGCAGAGAUUGGUAGCCAGGAAGUUGACGCAAUCUCGCUCAAGUUCAGCGGCCAGGGCGUAGGUGAGAAGCAGGGUGACAGCGAGUCAGACCAGGGAGUCCAGGUGUGGGAGCACCCUCCGAAUGGUCAAGGUAUCGUGGCUCUGAUGGCAUUGGGAAUCCUCGAGGAGCUGGAGCGUACGGGCAAGAUCCCUCGCUUCACCGAAGCACAGCACAACUCCGCUGAAUAUCUUCAUGCUGUGAUCGAGAGUCUUCGCAUCGCCUUUGCGGACGCAAACUGGUGGGUGACGGAUCCUGAUGUCGAGAAGGUUCCCACUCAAGAGUUGAUCUCACGUUCCUACCUCGCCGAGCGUGCCAAACUUUUUGACCCCAACAAAGCCUGCGAUGUCAUCGACCACGGAAGCCCGGCUCAUAAUCAUUCCGAUACGGUCUAUUUUGCCGUGACCGAUAAGGAAGGAAACGGGAUUUCUUUCAUUAACAGCAAUUACGAAGGCUUUGGAACCUGCAUCAUCCCAGAGGGAUGCGGAUUUACUUUGCAAAACCGUGGCGCCAAUUUCUCCCUCCAAGAAGGGCAUCCGAAUGUGCUCGCCCCGCGAAAGCGGCCAUAUCACACAAUCAUUCCUGCCAUGAUUACCAACCUCGAUGGGUCAUUGCAUUCAGUGUACGGAGUCAUGGGCGGAUUCAUGCAGCCCCAAGGCCACGUUCAGGUUCUUCUCAAUAUGUUAGCGUUCAAGUUCAACCCCCAGGCGGCGCUUGAUGCUCCGCGGAUCUGCAUCGGAGCGGGGACACCUGCCGUCGGCAAAACCCCGGACGGAACCAUUUAUGUGGAAGAGGGAAUCAGCGAGGAAGCCGUGGAGGGCCUGCGUAAGCUGGGACACAAGGUUGAAGUGCUGACGGGUUACCAGAGGGGCAUGUUUGGUCGGGGCCAAUUGAUCCGGUGUCACUAUGAUGACGGAAAGCUGGUCUAUAGCGCCGGAAGCGACCCGAGAGGUGACGGAAUGGCUAUUCCGUUGUAA